AUGCCUAACUGGGCAUUCCGCGAAAAGUUUUCGAUUUAUCAAGAAUAUGGCACAUGCUUCAUUCUCGUGACACCAACCGGAUGCGAGCUUUUCGUCGCAGACAGGGAUGCUGCGAGGGAUGUUCUUUCCCGUCGCAAUGACUUUCCAAAACCGAUCAAGUUGUUGGGUAAAUUGGAUGUUUUCGGGAAAAACGUAUCAUCGGUCGAAGGCACAGAGUGGAAGCGCCAUCGCAGAUUGGUUGCGAAAGCAUUACACGAGAAGGUCAACGACGCUGUGUGGGCCGUGUCCGCCAAGCAAGCCAUAGAAGUCUUGAGUAGCUGGACCAACGCUCAGUCCGUGCAUACUACGCAGACCGAUAUGACAAGGCUCAGCUUGAACGUUCUUUUCAAAGCGUGCAUCGAUGUCAAUGAAGACACUGAAGGCAAUUCAGAUAACACUGACUCAUGCCAGCGUUACCUGACCAACUUUCUGAAUGAUAUUACACGCCCUAAGCCUUUGGGAUACCGAGCAAGUCAGAAAAUGAAAGCUAACGCAAAGGCGCUUGGCAGUUGCCUGAAGCAGAUAGUGGAAACCAGAUUAUCGUUUUCCAGCUCGAAUUCUCAGGCCGAUUUGCUGUCCUUCUUGCUCCACGCCGCAGAAGAGAAUGGCUUGGCCAACAGAGAGAUUACGGGAAACCUGUUUAUGGUAAUGUUCGCUGGACACGAAACUACUGCUAAUGCCUUGGUUUACAUCAUCUACCUUCUGGCUAUUUUCCCUUCUUACCAGACCUGGGUAACCGAGGAGGUUGAUCGCUUGUUCACCGAAGAAGGCCAAGUGGACUAUAGUCAGUCUUAUACCCGCAUAGUUAGACUGCGGGCUUUGUUGUACGAAACCCUGAGGCUCUACGGCGCUGUGCCCACCAUUUUCAGAGACACGAACAGCCACAAUCAAUUGAUUCACCUGUCUGGAAGACGAAUUGUUGUCCCAAGAAAUACUCGAGUCAACAUUAGUGCCAUUGGUUUGCAUACAGACCCUGAAUUCUGGGGUUCUGACUGCCACGCUUGGAGACCCAACAGAUGGAUUGAUCAGACAAAAAUUGCAUCGGAUCAGGAGACGAUCUGCUCUUCGAAAACAAAUUCACUGUUUGCGUGGUCCAUGGGCUCACGAGUAUGCCCGGGACAAAAGUUCUCACAGGUCGAAGUCUUAUCGGUUCUUCUCCAUUUGCUCCGAAGACACCGUGUUGAAAUCGUUCCUCGACCUGGCCAGGAUAUAAAAGAGGCCCAAAAACAGGCCUAUUCCCUGGUAGAAGAAAGCAGAGUACUGCUCACAUUACACAUUCCACGCGCUGAUUCGGUGAAUGUUAGGUGGACAAAGCGAUAA